AUGCUGCGGUGGAACCUUCAGUGGCUUCAGUGCGUGGCUUCAGCGGGCUUCUUCAGUGUGACCUCCAGUGCGAGUUCCGUGCCGGGCGCCUUUCGCACCAGCCCUAGCCGCGUUUGUCAGCAGCCGCCAGCGACGCUGAUUGGCCGAUGGCGCUGCGAACCCCCAUUUAGCGGCCUUGAACUAAACUCCAACACGCCGGGCUGCAUAUCGUGGGGGCUGGAGGGCAUCCCAAACAGGGACUUGACCAUCAUUUCUACAGUGCAGCAUGCAACAAUUCAAGAUUCGAGGUCCCAGUCCCCGUCUCUUCCUUGUCUUGUUUCUAGCACCAAAGCAGGCAGUCAGGUUGGUGGAGAUUUUUCCGCCGCUUCCGCCGCCUCCAGCACAGUGUGGCAUCUCACCGCUUGCCGCAUCUCAACGCUGCUCGGCCACCGCCAGCCGGGAGCCAUGCAGACGCUUCCAGAAGCUGAAGAUCCUCAACCAGCGCCCAGCGUGAUUACUAUUCCAUCGACAGAUAGAUGCCUACUAGACGCCACGAUUCCCGAGCAGCAGAUAUUGGUGCCUAUCCAGGACAAUGAGCAGCAGGUGGACGAUUCUCUCAGGACUGCGCCAGGAGGGCAUCAUACAGGCUAUUAG